AUGCAAAAUAGAGGUAGACCUAAAUCAAGAAGUCCAAGUCCAGGUUGUAAAGAGAGUGAUCCUUUGUUUUAUAGAUUGAAUGUCACAAAUGAUAAAUUUUAUUUGGCUGGUUAUAAAUUGUUGAAAGGUCUGAAUAGUUUUUGUGACAUUUCCAAUGAUUUUAAAUAUAAUUGUAAACAAUCAUGUUGUGAAAAUUUAAAGACUAAGGAAUUAUAUAUUGAUGAAAGUAAAUGUGUUUUCUAUAGAGUUUCAAAAUCUCAACAUGUUAGAAAUUCAAAUGAUGUUUUGAAUCAUGGUGUUCCAAUUGAUUAUAAAGAAUUACCAAUUGAAUUUUAUGAUAAAUCACGUUCUAACUUUGUUGAUCUUAGGAAUGAAGAUGGUGAACCAUUAGACUCGUCAGAUGAUGAUGGCGAACUUGUUUCUAAUGAAUUACUACAUUAUAAUUUAUCAAAUGAUGAUCAUCCAGACCAUGCUUACUUGAACAUCCCAAAUGGUGAAGCAAGAAUUGUCAGACCAGAAAGAGUUGUUAACAAUCAUAAAAUAUCAGAAGCUGAUGAAAUCUAUCGUCAAAUUAAUAAAAAACAUGCUCAUUAUCAACCACAGUUAGACAUUGAAAGUUUUGAUUUGAAUGAUAUUUUACACCUGGAUGCUUCAAAUUUAAAAGCUACUGAAAAUGAAAUUUUAGCUUCAAAUUAUGAAAUUGAAUUCAACCGUGAUGAUUCUUGGAGUGAUAGCAAUAAUUAUUUUGCACAACAAUCAGUUCAACCAUCAAAUAAGUCAAAUAAAAGAUCCCGUGAAGAUGAAGAUGAUAAUGAUGAAUCACCAAAUAAAUUCCAAAAACAAUCAACUAUUGAUUUAAAUAGAACAAUUGGUGGGAUGAGUUUAAGAACACUCAAGGCAUUAGCAACUUAUGCUAAUUAUUAG